CUGGCAAAAGUUUGUUGACUUCCGCGAUGCCAAGCAUCGCCACUUCUGAUUGGCCGACACUCAUCAGUUUGUCAGCUCGACCAAUGGCGGUAUUGGUUCUUGCACGGCCAAACAUGGCGGCUUCCAGACACAGAGGCUAGGUGGUUUUAGGGGAAGAAUUGAGCAGCCGGGUGUGAUCCAUCUAUUUCUACCGGGAGAUCGGUGAUGUGGAGAGGAAAUGGCGAGCGACACGGGGAGAAAGCAGUUCUGGAAAAGAAACGUCAAUAAAGUACCGGGGAGCAUUCAACAUGUAUAUGGUGCCCAGCAUCCUCCUUUUGAUCCACUGCUUCAUGGAACCUUGACAAAAACAAUUCCGAGGCCUCCAACAACACCUAUAAAGCUAAAAAAAGUCUCCACUUUCCAAGAGUUUGAAAGCAACACAAGCGAUGCAUGGGAUGUUGGAGAGGACGAUGAUGAACUUCUAGCCAUGGCAGCAGAAAAUUUAAAUACUGGAGUUGUUUUAGAAACGGCAAAUAAAGUUAUUCAAAACCAUACGAAAUUACAGGAGCAGAACAAAUUCCAAGAGAUCAAACAGCUGGGGGACAGACCUGUGGCGCCUGAAGAGCUUUCCUCACAUGUGACCAGUGAUAACAAGAUUGUGAAAUCAGCCAGUGAGAGCCAUCUGAGUUGCCCCACUCAAGCGGCGGCCAUAUUGAGUGAGAAGCAUGCUUUACAGCGACAACAAUCUGUGCCUCAGCAGACAUCUGCUGCAGUGGUGAACAAGCUGGCAGACCAAGUCCUCGUGAACACUGCUGGAUUGUCUGAAAGAGAAGCAUUUCGGCUAGAGAAAUUCAGACAGCUUCUUGCUGGUCCAAGCACCGACCUUGAUGAGUUGCGAAAAUUAAGUUGGUCUGGAAUUCCCAAACCUGUCAGGUCUAUAACAUGGAAGCUUCUUUCGGGUUAUCUGCCAGCAAAUGUGGAACGAAGAGAGGGGACACUAAAAAGAAAGCAAAAAGAGUAUUUUGCCUUUAUAGAACAGUACUACAAUUCCCGGAAUGAUGAAACAAAUCAGAGCACAUACAGACAGAUUCUGAUAGAUAUUCCUAGAAUGAGUCCUGAGACAUUAAUUCUUCAACCAGUAGUUACAGAGAUAUUUGAAAGAAUUUUGUUUAUAUGGGCAAUUCGGCAUCCAGCAAGUGGAUAUGUUCAAGGAAUAAAUGACUUAGUCACACCAUUCUUUGUUGUAUUCAUUAGUGACUAUGUGGAAGCUGAAGAAGUGGAAAAUGUUGAUGUUUCCAGUCUGCCUGAAGAGGUGCUGCGGAACAUUGAAGCUGACAGUUACUGGUGCAUGAGCAAGUUGCUUGAUGGCAUUCAGGAUAACUACACCUUUGCACAGCCAGGAAUUCAGAAGAAAGUGAAAAUGUUGGAGGAGCUGGUUAGCCGUAUUGAUGAACAAGUACAUAGACACUUACAUCAGUAUGAGGUUGAAUACCUGCAAUUUGCUUUCCGCUGGAUGAAUAAUCUUCUGAUGAGAGAAGUCCCCCUGCGGUGUACCAUUAGACUGUGGGAUACAUACCAGUCUGAACCUGAAGGAUUUUCGCACUUUCAUUUAUAUGUGUGUGCUGCCUUUCUAGUGAGAUGGGGGAAAGAGAUACUGGAAGAGAAAGAUUUUCAUGGAUUAUUGAUCUUAUUGCAGAAUUUGCCCACCGCACACUGGGAGAAUGAAGAUAUCAGCGUCCUCCUGGCUGAAGCCUACAGACUAAAAUUUGCUUUUGCAGAUGCCCCCAAUCACUACAAGAAAUGACCUGAUUCAUUGCAGGCAACAUUUGAAAACCUCCCUCCUUAUUAGUGAUUUAUAUGAAUAUGUACAAUAUAAAUACUUUUUGUGCUUUUUUAUUGCAGUGGUACAGUUUUCACAAAUUCACAAAAUAAUUAUGAAUCAUAUCUACAGUUGCUUAGGUGUGAAUUCUGAUAGACCAAGCCCAUUGUAACAUGCCAUAUACCAAAGAAACAUAUUUUCAAUGAAUUUACAGGGUAGAACUAGAGGAAAAUGGCAUCCUCCCACUUAUGGCGGGUGCUCUGAAAGUGAUCGUUUGAGAUUUGUCAAAUGUAAAGUAUAGUAAGCAUUAAAAAUCCUAAGCUGACAAUGUUGCUUGGAAGUUUUUUUUACAGUUAUGUUGCCUUAGUAAUUCUAAAUACUAAAGAAAAGAAAAGUCUAUAACUUCUACCCGUUAACUAUGAGUUCUGUAUAAUGCAUUUGUGAUAGAAAGGGAGCUGUUGUAUUAAUGGCAGGUUGCUUUUUGGUAUUUAAAACUGGAGUCACCAUUGCAUAAAAAAUAUGUU